AGCACGAGCAAUUUUAUAAAGAAAGUUGUAUUUUGUGAUUUUCGGCUGCCAAAAUGACGGCUGGAGACGAUACUUUCGUCACAAAAAUCAUUCAGGUAGCAAAUGUGGCUCCUAAUGCUACAACGGACCAAAUGAAGACGUUGUUUAGCUAUCUUGGAGAGAUUGAAGACUUGAAACUCUUUCCCGAAUACUCUGCAAUUCCAGUCCAAUCACGGGUGUGUUUUGUCAAGUUUAAAGAGGCUUCAAGUGUAGACAUUGCUCAACAUCUUACAAACACAGUCUUCAUUGAUAAACAUCUUAUUGUUAUACCUAUUCCUGAAGAUUCAGUUGCUACUGCAGAACAAGUUGGUGAAACACCUACAGAAGGAUCUUUGAUUCCUUUGCCUCAUAUUGCACCUCAGAUCCUAACAACAUGUGGUACAACCAUAACAGURCCAGCAUGCAUGCCACAAGCACCAAUCCUGCCUGAGACAGACUCAAAGAAGAUUGAUGAGAUCAGAAGAACUGUGUUUGUUAACAAUGUUGAUAAGUCGAUUACAGCAGAGCAAAUCCUGUCUUUCUUUUCAUCAUGUGGAGAAAUAAAGUUUAUUCGAUUACUUGAGAAUGAAGAAACUGAGAAUAAGUGUGCCUACGUUGAAUUUACUGAGUCAUCAUCUGUCCUAACUGCUUUACAAUACAACAGUGUCAUAUUUGGAGGGAAAAAGCUCAAGGUGGACUACUCCAAGAAUGCUAUUCACAAACCACCAUCCAAGCGAGAUCGCAGAAGCAGAUCAAGAUCAAGAAGACGAUCAAGGUCAAGGUCGGGCUCACGAAGACGGCGUUCAAGGUCUCGAUCGUGGUCAAGGUCACGCUAUAGGAGAUCGCGCUCUAAAUCUUGGGACAGAUCACGUGAUAGAGACAAGAGACGAAGGUCACCCUCCCGAGAUCGACCAAGAAGAUCCCGCAGCAGGGAGGCGCCUCGUAGAAGAAGCAAAUCGCGUGAACGACGACGCAGAUCUCGAGACCGGUCACCAGAGAAGUCACGUGACAGAUCCAGGGAAAGGCCCAAAGCCUCGGAGAGAUCAAGGGAAAGACAGCGUGACAAGUCACCGGACAAGCGUGACAGGUCAGCAGAGAGAUCGCGUGACAAAUCGAAGGAAGAUUCGCCUGUCGAGAAGGCUCGUGAUAAAUCACGUGAUAGAUCGAGAGAGAAGUCAAUAGAGAGAUCUGGAGAUGCAGCUGAAAAUCGGCCUAAAUCUGAUGCCGACGAAAAUGAAGAAGAGGAAGAAAAACCUAGAAAAUCAAGAGAAAAAGAUCGUGGUCGUGACAGAAGUAGAGAAAGAACAAGAGACAGAGACAAAGAUCGUGACAGGGAUCGAAGAGAGCGUGACAGGGAGCGUGACAGGGAGCGUGACAGAGAUCGUGAUAGGGAGCGGGAAAGAGAGCGUGACAGAGAGCGUGACAGAGAGCGAGAGAGGGAACGUGAUCGCCAUCGUGACAAACGAGACCGUGAUAGAGACCGAAGUAGAGCCAAGCAAAGCCGCUCACCAUCUGAGUCACCAAAGCGUUCAAGACAUCACAAGAAAAAGAAAGAAAAGAAAAGCAAAGAAAAAAGGAGGAGGAGUGACUACGAAGACAGCGAUGCUGAUAAAGGAAGCGAUGUGGAAACGUACAGGAAGUCAAAACGUGGAGGUCACAGCAGCAAUGAAGAGAUGAGUGAUCACGGAUCAGAGAAAGCUUUAAGUGAUAACGACGAUGGAACACCCAAGAAGAAGAAACGAAGAAGUUACAAGAAGAAGCCAGUCAGUGCUGAGGACUAUGACUCAGACAGCAAUUAGAUAAUGAAUUCUUAUUCUACUCAGUUUUACAAAUAAACUACGAGUGUUUUAAA